AUUGGGCCUGCAUGUACUUCCGGUUGCAGAAGCUCAGUCAGCUGUCACAAAGUAAGACGAGGAGAGGGACGUCGAAGCCAAGACAAAUAACACGACGCGGGUGAACAUGUCUACUUUUACCAACAAAUUCAGUGAAUAUACGUUGACUCAGCUCAACGAAAUGAUAGAGGACGACGAGAAACUCAGCAAAAUGAUAAAAGAGAUGGACGAGAUGCAGGAAGUCCAGCAAAGCAAAGAGACUACACAGGUGAACAACAGAACCCUGGCAGAAGAAAACCUUGCCCUUCAACCUAGACUGGAGCUCAAGAAAGAGCAACUUUCCAAGAGAUACGGUUGUCUUCAGGAGAACUUUGAAGCCUAUCAACUGCGCAAGUCCACUCUAGACCACAAAUCAGGAAACACAUCACUGGACAUUCUGUUGGCUUUACUGCAGGCGGAGGGAGCCAAAGUAGAAGAGGAAACAGAGAAUAUGGCUGACUCGUUCCUGGAUGGUGACAUGACCCUGGAUGCCUUCAUUGAUUCCUACCAAAACCAGAGGAAGUUGGCCCACUUGAGAAGGGUGAAGAUCGAGAAGCUGCAGGAGAUAGUGCUGAAGGGCCAGCAGCUUCCACAGGCGUCGGUAUCUACCUCCCAUUCUCAGGAUAUGUCCGCUGCAGCCAGGUCCUCCCUACUCAAUGAGGCCGGCAAUGAUUUGUCUCCUAUACUUCAAGUCAGGAGGAAGCCUCCACCACCUCCGUCCCAGACGGCCCCAAUACCAAAUCCAGCUCCUAUUGUUUGCCCCCAGCCUUCAACCUUCUACGCUGUAUCACCUUACCCCCCAAUUCCUCCCAGAACAGGCCAGCCCUACCCCAGUGCUUCACCUGGCUAUCCCUUCUUAUCUCAGUACCCGCCUGCUUUGCCACAGAGGCCACCAGCUCGUGUGGCCCCACAGCCUGGUUUCAUCAUUCAGUGAAUAAAAGCCAUCGCCACUCGAGGUAACAGUGUGUGCCAAGGACGAUUCACAACUGGAACUCUGAAAACAAUUUUCUGUGGCGUUUACCAUUUUGAUUACAACCAAUCCCCGCACUGGCCAGAAGGCAGACCAGCACCGUCUGCACCGGAUAAUAAUGUGGGAAUAUGUGCAUAGCACUCACUCAACACUCCUAAAAAUAACAAAAAAAAAACCAUGGAGGAUUUGCUCUCCAUUCGCUCCAUCUGGCCUGAGUCUCCACAGAAGAAGGGCCCAGUGUAGCCUCCAGUGACGCAGGCUGCUGAGCUUGUCGUUUAUUAGCACUUUCUGUCUUCUUUAGUUCCCAUUAAUGUUUCGUCUCUCCUUUACCCUCCAGGUAUGAUCCUAAGCUUCACAGAAACAAAAAGAUUCACUUAGUCAAUAUUUCUAUUUGCAGCCUAGAAUUAUUACUGUUUAUGCAUAUGCAAGCAGAGAGACCAUAUUUACUGUGUUCUGACAAAAUAUAUCAUUUCCCAGAAUAUAUUCAGGGGAAAAGCAUCUACGCUGUGAUUUAUUUUUUUUCUUAUACAAUGGUACAUAACGUAAUUUCAGCAUCUUUUCAUGAAUAGUGCUUUGUUAAGUUUAUGUUAAGGAUAAACAAUCUAGACUGAUCAACGUAUGUAAAGAAGAACUUUGAAUCCGUGUUUCCCAAGACGUCCCAGACCUGCCCUUUGAAGAUGACUGACUGUUGCACUUGGUCCAUCUCAGGACAAAGGUCUAAAGGGACUUGAAGAUUGGUGGCUGAACUAUUUUGAUAAAUAAUCUGGGCUUUUAGAGAGUCAUAUCAAAGUUGAAGGAUCUGUAUAUUUGCCAUACAGUACAAUUCUUUUGUGUGUCUUCUCUGGAAUUACGUAAUACAGCACUCCUUGGUAAUUGUGUCCUCAACCCCCGCUAAUGCCAACAAUUCAGUUAAUCUCUGAACGUAUGGUUCUGUGCAGUUAUCUCACUGAGCACCAAAGGCUUUGCACAUCACACAUCACAUCAUCAGGGCAUUGAAUCGAUGGCAACUGGACUGUUGAAGUUUUCCUAGAAGACAUUUUACCUCACAUCUGAGCGAGCUUCCUCAGUUCAUUCCCCGAAGACUAGGCAGGACAGCUCUAGUCUGCCUACACUUAAACCAUUAACUGGUGAAGCAUGUAUUUGGUUUUGCCUCUCAUUCAAGCAGGCUCUAGACUAUCUAGUCAUUGAGCAUGAACUGUUGAAGCAAUCAGUUCAUCUUCAAAGACUGGUAGACUAGUCUUUCUGUUCAGGUUGUUUUACAAUAUGUUUUACCUUUCAUCUCCGCAAGCUUUAUCAUUUCAUGCCCGAACACUAGAUAGGACAUUUCUAGUCUGUCUAGUCUUUGAACAUGAAUUGACGACGCCUGGCUUUGGUUUCUUCUGUCAUUGAGCAGGCGUCAUCUGUUCAUGUUUAGGACAGCUCUAGACUACAUAGUCAGCAAUCAGGUAAUGUUCGAAGACUGAGUUGGACAGCUCUAGUCACUGCCUAGUCUUUCUGUUGAAGUUGUCCUAGAAGAUGUUUUGCUACUCCUCCAAGCAGGCUACAUGAGUUCAUGCUCAAGUACUAAGUAGGACAGCUCUAGACCAUCUGGUCUUUGGGCAGGAACUGAUUAAAGCCUGUCUUUUCUUUUGCCUCUCCAAGCAGGCUUCAUCAGUUUAAGUUCAAAGAAGAUAGGACAGCUCUAGUCUGCCCCGUAGUCUCUUAUCUCACCUCUUAUUCAAGCAGGCUUUGGCAGGUCAUGAUCAAAGACUCGAUAGGACGGCUCGGCUAAGAGCCAAAACCAAAGAUAGGCUAAGACUACUUAGCCUAAGAAUGUUUGCCUGUCAUCAGAAAAAAACUAGAGCUGUCCUAUCUAGUCUUUGAGCAUGAAGUGAGGAAAACUGCUCUGAUGAAAGGCCAAACGUCUAUUUAGACAACUUGAACAGUCCAGCUGUGAUGGAUUCAAUGCCCCGAGGAUACAUUACCUGGAUGAAUGAGAAUAUUCACAGGCAUGUAUGAACAUUGUUUCUGUGUUUGUGUUUGUGUUUUAUUAUUGUAAAUGACAUACUUUGUCGGUCAUGCACACAAUGUUUUGCACACAUGCAAACCAUAUUUUUUCAACCUGGACUAACCCAAGCUUUGAAAAGAACCAUUUUUUUCUGGUGUGAAUAGUAUCACUUUCCCCUCUUACUGCUGUCGCUGUGCACUGUUGAAGAGCCAUGAGUGCCUACACUUGUCGUGACGUUGACCACGUUCUGCUGACUGCUCCGUUUUCUCUAUUCCGGUCAUAGAUUUUGACCCGGUUGGGAAUUUUGCCAUUGAGCAUGUGCCAGUGUGACAUCCUCAGGCUUUGUGCCUACUGGUGCUUGUUGACAUAUGCCUGGUAUAACUUCAAAUGUUACUGCAUGUGGCGUAUCUUUAUAUCUAGUUUGCGAAAUAACAGGGCUCUGCAAUGUCAUACUUGUUGUAUAGUUACCCACAAAAAGUGAGGGUAAGAAUACAAAAUCGUAUGACAUGAUGCAUUCAGAAUUUCUAAGAAGGAUAAUUAUGUUGUGCAUGGCCUUUGUGUUCAGUCUGAAGAUUCCUCUUCGUUGUUUUUUUUUUUUUUUUUUAGCUGUUAAACUGGUUUUGACCUGAUACCUGUAACCAUAGUUUUAUAUGUGGUUGGUGAUAUUGUCAGUGUACUGUUGUAGGUGUUUACUUAUUCUGAAUGUUUAGGUGGAAUUUUAAUGCUAUUUUCAAGUUUAAUAAAUCUCAAAUUUGUGUA